UCGGUCUCCCUGUCGGUUUGUCGGUCUGUUUCUGGCUCGCGCGUCAUCGAGGCCAGUCCUCCCGCCCCUCGAGCUCAGCAUCAGUCCGUGAUCAUCUCGCUCCGCUCUUUCAUCCCUUCUUUGCAAUCAGUUUGAAUUCGACAGAGAUCAGAAUACGAUCAUCGUUGCUGAAUCGAUCUCGUCUCUAUCUGUCCGCGCGCUGCUGCGGUGGAAUGCCAAGAAAGCUGCGCUCCUCCACGGACGAAGAGCAAACGGAGGAGCGGUUCUUUGGUCCUGAAACGGCGAUAGAAUAACCACUUCGGGUUUUUUGGGGGCGAUUUCUCAGCGGCAUCUGAAGCAGGAACCAUGACGGCCACCAAAGAGCAGCAAAGCCAAAGACCGAAUCCGCAGGACGAGGAUCUGGCAGGAAUGAGUCCUCCUCAGAGGAACUGGAAGGGGAUCGCCAUCGCUCUGCUGGUCAUUCUGGUGGUCUGUUCUCUCAUCACUAUGUCUGUGAUCCUCCUCACUCCAGUGGAUACCCAGCCUGGCAGCGACACCAAGCUGACGGUGGAGGAUCUUUUCAGCACAGAUUUCUACGUCCACGACCCUGAAGCUCACUGGAUCAACGAAUCUGAGGUGAUCUACAGAAAUCACCAUGGACAUGUGAUCAGGUUUAACAUCCUCACAAACGAGACAGAGAUCGUGUUGAAGAACACCACGUUUGAUACUUUCAAAGCCACCAGAUACUCCAUAAGCCCAGACAUGAAGUAUGUGCUCUUUGCCUACAACGUCAAACAGGUUUACCGGCACUCGUUCACGGCGUCCUACAUCAUAUACAGCAUUCACACCAGGGAGGUUCUGCAGCUGGAUCCUCCAGAGGUGUUGAACUCUAAACUGCAGCAUGCAGCGUGGGGCGUCCAAGGCCAGCAGUUGGUGUACAUAUUUGAAAAUAAUAUUUACUAUCAGUCGGAUGUCAGGAGUAACUCCCUGCGACUGACCUCAUCUGGAAAAGAGGGCGUCAUCUAUAACGGCAUCGCUGAUUGGCUCUAUGAAGAGGAGGUCCUGCACAUGCAUGUGGCACACUGGUGGUCACCUGAUGGCGAACGCUUGGCAUUUCUGGUCCUGAAUGACAGUCUGGUGCCAAACAUGGUGUUGCCCACUUUCACCGGUUCUACAUACCCUAAAGGCAAACAGUACCCAUAUCCGAAGGCUGGGCAGCUCAAUCCCAUGGUGAAAGUGUUUGUAGUCAAUCUGUACGGACCGACACACACUCUUGAACUCACACCACCAGAUGAGCUCAAGCUCAGGGAGCACUAUGUGGUUAUGGUGAAGUGGAUCAGUAAGACCAAGACAGCAGUGCGCUGGUUAAACCGAGCGCAGAACGUCUCUAUUCUGACCGUCUGCGACUCCACCACUGGAGCCUGCAUCAAGAGGCAUGAGGAAACAUCAGAAGUUUGGCUCUCAAAACAGAAUCAAGAGCCGUUCUUCUCACGAGACGCCAGCCGAUUCUUCCUGACCGUCCCGGUAAAGCAGGGAGGACGAGGAGACUUCCACCACAUCGCCAUGUUCACCUCUCAGGCACGUGCGGAUCAGAACGAGGUGCGACAUCUUACAUCAGGUAACUGGGAGGUGACGCAGAUUCUGGCUUACGAUGAGAACAGCCAGAGCAUAUAUUUCCUGAGCACUGAGGGCUCCUCGACCCGCAGGCAGCUCUUCAGUGUGUCCACAGUAGGCUUGUUUCCACGGCGAUGUCUGACCUGUGAGCUGAAUAAAGCUCACUGCACGUUCUUCAGUGCUAUUGUUAGCCCCACUAAUCAACACGUCCUAUUGCACUGCAAAGGUCCAGGAGCGCCGACAGUGAUUAUACACUCUCUGAACUCUGCCAAUUAUUACAUCCUGGAGAAUAACUCUGUGCUAAAAGCUGCUCUCAGAUACAAACGAAUCCAGCUGCUGGAGUACAGAAGCAUCCAGACCGACCACUUCGAAUUGCCACUGAAGGUCGCCUAUCCACCCGAUUUCUCUGAGUCCCGCACUUACGCCCUUCUGCUGAUGAUUGAUACCGCCCCUGGUGGUCAGCAGGUGAAUGACCGUUACUCACUGGACUGGGACUCAGUGCUGGUCAGUUCAGACAAUGUCAUCGUAGCUCGUCUGGACGGCAGGGGAAGUGGCUUCCAGGGUCAGAAGGUGUUACAGGAAGUGCACAGGCGCCUGGGAUCUGUGGAGCUGCAGGAUCAGCUGACCGCUGUUGAGUACCUGCUGCAAUUGCCAUACAUUGAUAGAACCAGGAUCGGUGUGUUUGGUCGGGGUUAUGGAGGAUAUAUCGCACUUCUGCUGAUUAAAUCCACUGAGAGCUUGUUCAAAUGUGCAGCAGCCAUGUCCCCUGUGACGGACUGGAAUCUGUAUGCCUCGGCCUUCUCUGAACGCUAUCUGGGUUUCCCUCUUCAGGACGACAGCAGAUAUCAGUUCUCCAGUGUGCUGCAGAAUCCUCAGGGUUUCAGAGAACAGACACUGAUGCUGCUGCACGCCACUGCAGACGCAAAUGUUCAUUUCCAGCACACGGCCGAGCUCAUUAAGAACCUGGUGAAGGUGGGAGCGAAUUACACACUGCAGAUUUAUCCAGAUGAGGGUCACUUCCUCUCCAAGAGCAGCAACCGACACAUGGCUGCAACACUGAGCAGCUACUUCAGAUCCUGCCUGCAGGAGGAAGUGCUUCCCAUCAGUGAGGAGGAGGAGGAAGAGGAAGAGUAGAGUGAAGAUGAGACACAACACACAAACAUGUGCAGACACUGACACACACACACACACACACACAUUGGGACAAUGAAACACACUGGACACACAUCCAGAGCAAAACACUCAGAUAAGGAGAGAGACAGGAGUGAGUGUGUGAGAGAGUGUGUGUGUGUGUGUGUCUGUGAACAUGUAUAUAUGCAUGUGUGUAACCGUUAGGAUGAGUGUAGCAUUAGAGCUAUGCGUGUGUGUGUGUGUGUGUGUGUGUGUGUGUGUGUGUGAGAGAGAGAGAGAAGGAUUUUCUGGCAUAUGGAUCUUUAUCGCUGGAAAUGGAUUGGAAUAUUUCACGUCUUGAAUCACUAAGAUCUCUGAUUGGCUGAUGCAUUUGCCAAUCACAGCACAGAAUGUCAGGUGGAGCUGCUCCAGUCAACCUUUGCAUGAUCUUUUUGCUUUGCUUCACUUCUUUUGUCAUUUUCUGUCUGUCGGUCCUUCAGAGGAGCUGCGUUUGAUUGCAUUUCUGCACUCGCUGGGAAGAAAAGUAAUUCCAUCCAUGGAAAGAUGGAAGAUCUCUGUGAAGAGAGCGAGGUUUCUGCAGCACAUGUGCCUGACGCUCACUGUAUGUGUGUGUGCAGUGCAUUCUGGGAUGGUGCUGCUGCAUAUUGGACAGAAGACGGCGUACUGAUGUAUUCUUGAACAUUUAUCAGACAGAUCCACUCACAGACUGUUUUGGAUCAGUUUAUUUGUAUUGCUGACUGUUUAGUUUUACUGUUGGUGGUGGUUGGGAGGGAUGAGGUUUUUGGGAUUGUUAUUGUCUCUAGUUAUGACAGUCAUGUCUAUAAAUAAACAACUAGUCCACAAACAACAUG